CGACCUCCAUUAAUGGUGGCGCUCUUUGCCUUGCAGCUGGCGCUGUCGCCACCGCAGGCGCGGCUCGGCAGUGGCAGCGCGCGCGCCGCGCUGCGCCUUCGCGGCGGCAGCGGCGUCACUGGCGGCAGCCUCGGCCGCGGCGGCGGCUCGCCGGCGAUCGACGGCGAGUUUGACUACAUCAUCGUUGGAGGCGGCGCCGCGGGCUGCGUGCUCGCCAAUCGGCUGAGCGCCGACCCGGCGCACCGGGUGCUGCUGAUCGAGGCCGGAGGCGACGCGUCGCGCGACAAGCGUGCGCAGGUGCCGUGGGCCUUCACCAAGCUGCUGCGUUCCGAGUACGACUGGGACUUUCACGUGGAGGCGGAGGCGGCGGUGAACCAGCAGGAGGUGUACCUCUGCCGCGGCAAGGCGCUGGGCGGCUCUUCGGUCACAAACGUGAUGCUCUACCACCGGGGCAGCCCCGCGGACUACGACGCUUGGGAGGAGGCUGGCGCGCGAGGGUGGGGCGCGAAGGACGUGCUCCCGUAUUACCUCCGCGUCGAGGACUACGGCGACGGCGCCUCGCAGUACCACGCCGUCGGCGGGCACGUCUCGGUGCAGGAGGUGCCGUACCAGAACCAACUCUCGGCAACCUUCCUGCGGGCGAUGGGGCAGCUGGGCUUCCGGCCGAACGGAGACUUCAACGACUGGUCCAGCCCGCAGGAGGGGUACGGCCGCUACAAGGUGACCCAGCGGGCCGGCCGCCGCUGCACCGCUGCCGACGGCUACCUGGCGGCGGCGAGAGAGCGCGCGAACCUGGUGGUGGUGACCGGCGCGCAGGCGACCCGCCUCGCCCUCGACAGUGCGUACGACGGCGCGGGCCGGCUGCAGGUCUCCGGCGUCGAGUUUGCACGCGGCGACGAGCGCGAGCCGUGCUCCGUCCGGCUCGCGCGCGGCGGAGAGGCCGUCCUCUGCGCCGGCGCGGUCCAGACGCCGCACUUGCUGCUCCUCUCCGGGAUCGGCCCGGCGGAGCACCUGCGCGAGGUUGGCGUGCCGGUGCGGGCGGACCUGCCUGGGGUGGGGUCCGGCCUGCAGGACCACCCCGCGGUGGUCGUCUCGUACGAGAGCAAGAAAGCGGUCGCCGCGACGGACGACGCGCUCCUCAAGGGCUACGCGUCGCUGGUCAACCCGCUCGCGAUGCUGCGCUGGCUCCUGUUUGGGCGCGGGCCGCUGGCGUGCGCCGCGUGCGACCACGGCGGCUUCGUCCGCUCCUCGCCCGACCUCGACCAGCCCGACGUCCAGAUCCGCUUCGUGCCUGCGCGCGCCUCGUCCGCCUCCGGGAUGAACACGCUGAUCGAGCUGGGCAGGAGAGCGCGCUUCCUGCCGGGCUUCUCGACGCAGGUCGUCGCUUGCCGCCCGCGGAGCGAGGGGCGCGUGCGGCUGCGGUCGGCCGACCCGUUCGCCAAGCCGAUCAUCGAGGGCAUCCACUUGGGCGCAGCGGAGGACGUCGCGUCGCUGCGCCACGGCAUCCGGCUCGGCCGGCAGGUUUGCGCCGCGGCAGCCUUCGACGAGUACCGCGGAGAGGAGGUCUUCCCCGGCGCGGCGGUGCAGUCCGACGAGCAGAUCGACGAGUACAUCCGCUCGUCGGUGCACUCUGCGAACGCGCUCACCUCGUCCUGCCGCAUGGGCGACCCGUCCGACCCGGCCGCAGUCCUCGACUCCCACUUGCGCGUGCGCGGCGUCGGCGGCUUGCGCGUGGCCGACGCCUCCGCCAUGCCUCGCAUCAUCGGAGGGCAGACGCAGGCGCCCACGUACAUGCUCGCCGAACGUGCCGCCGACAUCCUGCUGCACGCGCGCCUGCAGGCGCACGAGCCAGCCACCGAGAGCGUCUCGCAGCGGCUCGAGGUUGCGGCGGCCGCACUCUAGCGCUGCGCGGGAACCCGUUCCGCCUCGAGGGAGAGAGAGGGCUUGCUCUUGCUCAGCUUGCAACCAAGCAGCCGGACGUGGGAGCAUAUGGUUUGGAGUUCACCGGAGCCGAGUCCGGUGAUUGGCAGAGCCGUGCGGGGGCAGAGGGGAGGGGAGGGGGGAGGGGGGGUCGGAGGGGCGCUGCGUGCCGGCGGUCACUGAGGGUCCGAGAGUUGGCACACUUCGCCGCCCCGCUCCGCCCCUGCGCGCUCUGCGGGCCGCCUCCCCGCGCCUUCCUCUCGGCACUCGCGCCAUGUGCGCGUCCGUGAGGCGUGAGAUGAGAGAAUUGAGACGCGCCAUCGUUGCCAUGAAGCAUGAUCGUUGCACGCAUCGAGCGAUUCGAGUUUCGCCGGUUUCGCGUUUCGGCAUUGAGAGAUUCUCUCUCGUCUCAUGAUGUGGU